AUGCUCCUCCUAUGCGCUCUUGCCCUCUCCGUAUUGGCCCUCACUCAUUGCAAGCAGCCCUCCUCCUGCGCUGCAUACAUCCGCCAUCUUCUUACACCAUUCUUCUCCACCCUCCUUCCUCGCUUUUUGCCCCCCGAAAUCGUGCGUCAGAUCGUGCACCCGCAACCUACCACAACCCUUCACAUACUGCAGCUCUACUAA